UAUUAAUUAUAAUAAUAGUGUCAACGUGAUUUACAAAUUUAGGAAGAAGUAAAUUGAGUGACCAUGGACGAAGUCGAUAAUGCUCAAAUAAUUGUUAUAGCAGAUGAUGUUUGUAGGAGAGCAGGUAUCGCGACAACCUGGAUCAAUAGCAAUAGAUUUGGGAUACAUGCAUACAAACAUGUGGACAAAUAUUCACAAGACAUUAGAAGUCAAUUUGCACCAUGUGAUGCCAGGGUACAUUUCCUCCGACCAGAAAUCAUAUUAUUCUCACCACUUUUGCGUAAACUCGUUAAUGAGAGCAAUGGUAUCUUUCUAUCAAUUCAAAAGCUUAAAUCUUCCUCUGGCGAUAUUAGACCAGAGCUUCUCAAACAUAGCAAACAAUAUAGAUCUAUAUUGAGAGCCUGUGUUGAAAAUUUACAAGAGAUACUACCAAAGGAAUCAUUAUCAGAAGAGAAGACUAUGCUAGAAAAUUUUCUCACUAUAUUUUAUCAAGUAGAAUGCAUUUGGCAUUUGACAGAAAUUCUUUAUGUUGACAUUGUACCAGGCGAUGUUGUGCUACCACAGUUGUUGGAGUGGAUCAGCUUUCAUUUUCCUUCAAGAGAACUGGCAGCGUCAAAGAUUUUGUCUCAGAAAACUAUCUGUGCCGAUUUAGAGAAUAUAAAUUAUUGGGAAGCUGUAAUGGGCUGUGCAUUCCAUGGUAAAUUAAAUCUAGUUUGCCGUCUUCUGGCAUUGCACAGCAAAGCGGAUCAUUCAGCAUUUAUUACUGCGGACAAUAUUAUCAGAACAAUGCCAGUUUAUAAUGUAUAUGGCGGAUAUUCCGUAAAUGAAUUUAUUAUGCGAUGGAAACACUGGCAAAUGGAUCUUUGCUCAAAUCUGGAGACCAAUUGCUUUGUUAUAGAUAACAAUCUGGAAAUGCUUAUGAAGUUGAUAGCGGGAGAUGAAUCGAUAUUAUGGGAAUAUUCCAUGUACACAGAAGCAUGGUAUGAAUUGCUGGCAGCAAAAUUAUUUUACUCAGCUCCCUGCUGCAAACAGCUGGAACUUUCACGCUAUGCGAAUAGCGUUGCUGAGAGAUGGCAAGCUAAUAGGCAUUUGGAUCGUGUAAUCCUUGCUUUAAUGGAAAAUGAUUUGUACCAAGUUAUCAAAGAAAUACAAUAUAUGAGCGAUAAUGGCUGGUUUGCGGCUCACCUGAUGGAUCUAUUGUACAAAUGUGGAAAAUUAAACAUUCUCAGCAAAGAAAAGACCAAUGUGACUGCACAGCUUCAUGAAUCUCUCAUAUUAGAGUAUGGCACCACACUGAUGAGUCAUCGCUCGUUGUGGCAGUGUGGCGCGAGUUAUUUGAUACAUUGCCUCACACAAGGUUUGGCGAGACUAGAAAUUUUGUUGCAGUCGUUACCAACAGGCACAGAGGCAAGAAUCAACAAAAUUAUUGACGUCGCACGAGACAAUAAUAUGCCGCACGUUGUUACUAGUAUAUGUAAGAUCCAAGGGAUGAAAAGCAUAAGACAAGGGAGAUUGGGCAAUGCUCUUACAUGGGCGCUCAAGGCACAUGACGGCAACUUUACCACAUACAUCGCGGACCAGUUUUUGAAGCAUUACGCGGAAUACGGAGAAUUAGAAUGUCGCGAUUUGUUAGAGAACUUGGGAUCCUGUAUGUUGGCUAGCGACAGACUCACAUUUUUGGGAAAGUAUUGCGAGUUUCAUCACAUGUACGGAAUGGACGAAUACCGCGAAGCGGCGAGUCUGUUGGUGUCCCUUUUAGUUUCAAAUUUGACGCCGAAGUAUUUCUGGUCCAUCCUGCUCACGGAUGCUAUACCGCUGUUAGAAGCGGAAGACGUAAUCUUUUCUUCGAAUGAUUGCUACGAGUUGCUACGUUGCGUGGAGGCACACGGCGACGAUCCAAAAUUUCAAGACAAGGUUUCCAUCUUCCGAAUAGGCGUUGCACGAAAUCUGGCAAGAGCUUUAAGUCUAGAAGGUUGUCAGAUCGAACAUUGA